AUGAGUAUACUGACAGAAGUUCCUAUACCGAACCUUUGUUUCGAUGUUCAUUCUGUUAGUCAGCGAGCUUCCGCAAAGCUUGUGCAUCAGAAAAUUUCUAUUAGUGGCCAAUCAGGUAAAAAUGGAAGUCGUGGUAGUGAUGGUGCAUCCGGAACUCCUGGGAAAGAUGGGUCAACUGGUGGGCACGGUGGUAGAGGUAGCACUGGUGAGGAUGGAUCUGCCGGUGAAGUAAGCCAAUCUGGUACAGAUUCUCAGCACGCAAUUGUUCAACUGAACGGAACAGUUGAAAAUUUAAACAUGCAACUAAAAAUGUGUGACAUACUACAUGAUUCCUCUAGACAAGUCUUUGAUAUUAAUCCAAAUCUCACUCAUUGGCUUAAUGAUGUCAACUAUAAUUUUCAAUUAGCGAAAUCGAAGGGAAUCAUUCUUGUACAGGCUGUGGGAGGAAAUGGGGGUAAUGGAGGCGUUGGAGGCAAUGGGGGUGAUGGAGGCCCUGGAGGCAAAGGUGGUGAUGGUUGUGAUGGGAAAGAUGGCUCCAAAUCUUACAACCAAGGUGCUACUGGUAAAAGAGGAGGCGUUGGCGGAGCAGGAGGGAACGGUGGUUGUGGAGGUAAUGGUGGAAACGGUGGAACAGGAGGGAAUGGAGGAAACGCAGGUGCCGGCGGCCAUAUUGUCGAGGGGGGGAUCAAAGGUAAAGCUGGUCUUGGUGGAAAAGGUGGCUCUUAUGGCGUAGGUGGUCGAGGUGGAAAUGGCGGUCAUGGCGGUAGUGGUGGCAGAGGUGGACCGGGUGGUUCUGAUGGUACAGAUAGUGCAGAAGGUCCUCCUGGUAAGCGUGGCAGUUAUGGUCGUGCAGGUACAAAUGGUCCCACUGGUAAUGUUGGUUGUGCUGCAAGUGAUGGUCAUAUCGAAUAUGCUGUAGUAGAUGUGGAUGAUAAAAUCAUUGAAAUAGACCCUGACAAAUAUCAUGCCAGCGUUCUUGGUUACACUAUUACUGAUGAAAACAAUGAUGAAAUCUACGAACCUGACUCAGAUUUUUUUAUUACGGAUGUUAAAUGGACAAACAAUGGUGCAAUGUCCUUGCCCAGUGGAUCCAUAUUAUCAUUUCCAUCUACAAAAUAUAUUUCUAGUGAUAUCACAGACGUUAGUACAUUGGUGGGCGCUAAUAUCAACCAAAUCUUGAUUGACUCUCAUCGAUUUAAAUGCUAUCUGAAUGCUGUACCAACGGUUUCAAUCAACCAACCGUACAUUCAGCCCGUAAAAUUAGUAUCCGAAAUUAACCUGUUGGGUCGUUUAUUUACACAUAGUCAAGUUUCAAUUACUUUAACUUGCCAAUAUCCGGUUCAAAUUAGAAAUAUUCAGAUCACUACUUUUCUGGGUCCUAAUGAACGAGCCAUCAUAGUAUUAGACUUCGCUAACAUCUCCACACGACCAUACGUUACAUGCGCGGGUUCAGCUGGUUCCAUAGAAUUUAUAUUUUAUGCUCAUUCUUUAAUAAAACUUUUACCUGCAACUACAGAGAAUUCGUACUGCAUAACGCCUAAUGGACAUGGUCGCUACAAAAUCAAUGAAGAACUAUCACCUAAAUGUACAAAGACUAUUUGUUUUGAGUUUUGUUUAAAUGCAGAUGCUUCUUACCAACUUUAUGAAAAUUUAUUUUGGAAUGUCGAUCUACUAUUACGUGAUAGACUGAUCGAAAAUCAUACAGGUUACAUUCGAAUUGUACCGGAAUUUAAUCCAAAUAUUAAAACUGAUGUUCUUCUAGUUACGAAUUCUCAAACUAAUCGAGUUGAAUAUCUUGCAUACCAGAAAUUAUUUCAACUAUUCAAAUAUUCCAGUCAAAUGUGGGAUAUUGAAAGAUAUCAAACAUUUCAUCAUCCAGAGAUACAAUGGUUAGCUACAGCAAAUUUGAUUAUUUUUAUUUAUCUAAACCCAAAAUCAACAUUCAAUGUAAUCAAAUCUCAAUUAUUUUUACAGCAUAUGAAUUCUAGUGAGAAUGCUGGUUUUAUUUGUAUUGGUAAUUGUCUACCGAAUGAUUUUGAUUUUGCUCUAUUCGAUUACAAUAAUUCGCAAUUUAUUGAUAACAAACACAAAACUAAAUCUGAAUUUUCAAAUCAUCUUUGGUCCGGCUUUGGAUGCAAGCAGCCUGAUGGUGAGAUAUUGAAUGCGAUGGCCAACAAACUUAGAACAGACUAUGAGAAACGAGAAGAUCAUAAGUUUUUGUAUCAAACAGUCUACGAUGAUACAACAGAUGUAUGUUCUCAACAUUGUAUGACCGUUGUUUACGGUACAAAAUAUGUGUAUAAAUCUACAUUGGACUUCCAAGUCGGUAAUCGAUUAAUUUUGAUCAAUAGUGAGUCUCCUUUGUUAGCCAUUAGCCAUUUACCAUUCAAAGUGCAAACUCGAUUGAACAGGAACCAACUGAAUGAACUUAUUUCUUCUCAUGAAUAUGAAAUUGGUAUUAAUGAAAUAGAUAACACAGCACAGCUCGAAGAAAGUAUCAUUCAAGAUAAAAUUCAUCUUGAUUCACAGCUUGCUAGAUUAUUAUGUGCGAUAUUAUUUUAUCAAGGGUUUGAAAAAUCUCUUAUGAUGAUUAGUGAAAAAUAA